UAUCGAGCUCCUCAUCCGAUGAUGUCGAAAAUGAAAAUCAAUCUAAAACUUCGAAGUGGAUAAAAAAGCCACGAGACCUGCGUCGAAACAUAUUAUCAGACCUGCCACCGAUUCCAAACAGCUUUGGCAAGAUAUCAAAAUCUGCAAAUUUUCAAAAUUCACACGACGUCGUAGAGGCAAGAGGAUCAAAAAAGCUCACAAAGUCACAUAUCAUAAACGAAGACCAACGUGACAUAGACGAGGAAGCAGAAAACGUGGAUGACCCAUACAUGACGAUUCCGAGUCCGGUUGCGAUGUCAGAAACUCGCAAAAAAGAAAAUUUUUCUGAAGUUUCAACGCUUACUAGAAAAGCCUUUGAUGGCAUGGAAGUGGUGGAUCGUAAUCAGGAAGAAUAUUCAAGAAUAAUUAUUCGGAUGCUCGCAUCGAUUCAAGUACAACUACGGGAGCUUCACCAGAAAGUCGAACACGGAAAACCUAUGUUUUCAGGAAAUGUUGGCCUCAUAGCGUCUCUUCUGCCAUUAAAAUCGAUCGCGGAGAUUGAAGUCUUUGAGAAAAAAAUCCAUGAAAAUCCGGAAAUAAAACAACAAUUUAAUACAUUUGUACAGAAAAUUGGAGGUCAUACAGCGCGUGAGGACACCCAAAGAAUUUGCACAAAGAUCUUCACAAAUUCCUGUGCAGAGUUAUGUUCAUGGAAAGGACGGAAGGAAAACUUUUGCAUCGAAGAUCUAUAUAUUAUAAAAAUAAUGCAAGAUGCUAUUUUACAUACAUAUCCGGCAACAAAAGAAAUUGAAUUCGAAGAGAUCGUCGCAGAAUGGUUCCGGUUUGCUAAACAACGACGAAAUCGAACAAUAGAAAAAGAGAAGAAAAGAGCAGAAAGAAGAAAGACAACGGAUGAGACAAGAGAGAAUGAAGCAAACUCUUAACAAGGUUAAAGAUAAUAUAAAGACACUUGCUACUGUCAUAUACCGUGAAAAAAUGCCUUUGUGUCUUUUG